UCAUAUAAACGCGUUAUAGCAAUGGGUGUCGCCACCGCGUUCAUCUUCUUCCUGUCACGCGGCAUCUUCCGUGUCUUUCUGCGUUACCUUUCUCUUCACGCUCUCCUCUCUCUCUCUCUCUCUCUCUCUCUCUCUACAUAUACAAAUCUCUGUGUCAUAUCUUCGCCUCCAGAUUCCCGAUUCCAGGCCUCUUCAAAGUUCAGAAACUCUCAGAGAUUUGACGGUUUGAACGGAUCAAACGACAGAUAUUUUGACAUAGAGAUAGAAAGAGGGAGAUAGGAACAUGUUCCGAUCGUUUUUGCGGCCGCUGGAGCGAUGCAUAGGGCGGAGUGGCGAUGGACUUCUCUGGCACAUGGACUUGAAGCCUCACGCCUCCGGCGACUUCUCGAUCGCCGUGGUUCAGGCCAAUUCCAAUCUGGAAGAUCAGAGCCAGGUCUUCACGUCGCCGUCCGCCACCUUCGUCGGGGUCUACGACGGCCAUGGCGGCCCUGAGGCGUCCCGCUUUGUCAACAGACAUCUCUUUCCUUAUCUUCACAAAUUUGCUACGGAGCAAGGAGGAAUGUCGCCAGAUGUGAUAAAGAAGGCUUUUAAUGCGACCGAGGAGGAUUUUCUACAUUUGGUGAAGCGAUCGUUGCCACUUCGGCCACAAAUUGCUUCUGUUGGGUCAUGUUGUCUUGUGGGUGCGAUUUCAUAUGACGAGUUACAUGUGGCAAAUCUUGGAGACUCCAGGGCGGUUCUUGGCCGAAGAGUUUCUGAUGGGCAGAAGAGUAAAGUGGUCGCGGAAAGGUUGUCGAGGGAUCACAAUGUUGCAUUUGAAGAGGUCAGGAAGGAGGUGGAGGCACUUCAUCCCGAUGAUUCGGCUGUUGUGGUCCAUUGCCGUGGAGUCUGGAGGAUUAAGGGUAUAAUUCAGGUAUCAAGAUCUAUUGGGGACGUGUAUUUGAAGAAGCCCGAGUUCAACAGAGACCCAAUCUUCCAGCAGUUUGGGAACCCUGUUCCAUUGAGAAGACCUGUACUGACUGCCGAACCCUCUAUUCUUACCCGAAAGCUUAGGCCUGAAGAUUUAUUCUUGAUAUUUGCUUCAGAUGGCCUCUGGGAACACUUGAGUGAUGAAGCAGCCGUUGAAAUUGUAAUAAAAAACCCAAGACCUGGAAUAGCCAAAAGGUUGGUGGGAGCUGCACUUCAGGAGGCUGCGAAGAAGAGGGAGAUGAGAUACAAGGACAUAAAGAAAAUCGAAAAGGGGGUUAGGCGCCACUUCCACGAUGAUAUCACAGUGAUUGUGGUAUAUCUGGAUCAUCAAAGAGGCCAUGUAAGUGGUAAAUCUAAGCCCUGUGCUCUUGGCGGCAUAACCGCCCCUGUCGAUAUAUUUUCUAAUUCUGAUGAAGCUACAGAGGAACUAUAUCGGCCAAGAAGAACCUAACGAAUGUUGGACUAAAACUAUAGCGUAGCGCCUCAAAGAAUUGACUCUAAAAUGCAAUAUACGAGCAGGUUUAUUUGCUGGAAAGGGUGUUUGCUUUUUUUUUUUUUUUGGGGGGGGGGGGGGGGGGGGAAGGAGACAAACAUACAGGAGAGAUGUACAAAAGAGAAUGUUCAAAAAUGCUUGCGGGUGUCUGGUUUUGUGAUCCAACUUACAGGGCUCUAACAAAUUCUUGCUUUUGUUUUGUGUAUAGUUCACUUAAUACCAUAAUAUAUUGUGCUUCCGUUGA